AUGGAGAACUGGAAUUUCAUGAAAUAUGUUGUCGCAAACAAGGGAAGCCGGUACUUUAGAAUCUCUUCGAACGUCAGCACAAAUAAAUAUGGAGAUUACUAUCAAAUUUCUUACAAUAUGAUAAUUCCUGUAAAAGGUGUUGAAUUGACAUAUGAUAAGACCCCCUAUAAUCUGAGACUCAUAGAUUUCUCAAGUAAUAGAUUUGAAGGAGAGAUUCCAGCAAGUAUCAUUAGGAGUCUAAGAGAACUUCAGUUGCUAAACCUCUCCAACAACGCUCUCUCUGGUCACAUCCCCUCAUCUCUUGGGAACUUGAUUGCUCUUGAAUCGUUGGAUCUCUCUCAAAACAAGCUCUCAGGAAGGAUCCCCAGUAGUUUGGCACAACUCACUUUCCUUGAGUACUUCAAUGUGUCGCAUAACCAUCUUUGGGGGCCUAUACCACUUGGCCAACAAUUUGGUACAUUCCUAGAAGAUUCAUACCAAGGAAACUCAGGUUUGUGUGGAAAGCCUUUGUCCAAGAAAUGUGAGGGUUCUGAGAUCUCGAGGCUGCCGCCACCAUCAAGCUUUGAAGAAGAUGAAGAGGCUGGAUCUCCAUUUGAGUUUGACUGGUAUGUAGUCUUGCCAGGAGUUGUUAGCGGACUAAUAGUGGGAGUGGUUGCUGGAAACACAUUGGCAGACAAGAAGCAUGAAUGGUUUGUGGAGACAUUCAGCAGGAGGAGGAAGCCAAGAACCGCAAGGGUGACGAGGGGACGCCGAACUUAG